ACGUCAUGCGCUGUGGGACAUGCAGUGCAGCUUCUGGGAUGUCUCAUUACUAGAAACUACUCUAAAUAGAUGCAUUUAUGGCGUUCUGUUGCUGCAGCGCUGGCGUUGCUGCAUGUGGAGACUGUGGACGAAACGGCUCCAGUCCUAACGCUCUUUGUAGAUAACAACUGAGGCACAAAGUUGGGAGAAGACUACCUUGGUUUGGAUGAAACUCACAGUGUUUGUGUUGACCGCAGAGGACUACGGAGACAGUAAAGCAGUCACAACGGAACGGCCACCAGUCCCAGCCAAAACACGACGUCAGACAUAACCCAGCAGCAGCUGCUGGUGAUUAAAAAAAAAGAAAGAAAGAAAGAAACUUCUUUACGGAUGGAGUGGAGUGGGUGUGUGCACCAGGAGGAGCCAAAACACCCUCAUGUUAAAGAUGAAGAGGAGGAAGUGUGCAUCAAACACAAGGAUACAGAUAUAAUUGCUGUGAUUAUAAAAUCUGAAGAAGAUGAAGAGUGCCCUGAGUCCAUACAGUUCCAUUAUCAGAGCCAAAAAGAGAAGAACUUGGAAGGUUUUGGAGCAACAGAACCAGCUUGGAACUCAGAUGAUCAGCUGCUGUUGGGGUUUAAAGAGAAGGUUCCCUCUAAGAAGCAAGAAAGGAGAGCUCGUAUGGAUGAGGGGACGCCAGAGUGCCCACAAAUCAAAGAGGAAGAAGAGGAACUCUGCAUCAAACAGAAAGAGGGUUAUAUUAUCGCUGUUACUGUGAGGAGCGAUGAAGAUGAAGAGAAUUCUGAAGAGUCUUCAGUGUCUCCUUUUCACAGUAGUAUUCGGAGGAAUAGAGACAACGGUGGAAAACUAGAACAGACAAGGAACUCGCGCCCAGAGCAACAUUUAGAUCCUGGUGCUGCAGACAAGACUGCAGCCUCAUCUGAAACUGAAGACAGUGAGGAUGAUUGGAAGGAGAGCUGUAAACCAACAAGUUUAAAAAGAGUGAAAAACAAAACUGUUACCACUGACGUAAGGGUGAACACCAGUGAGAACCUGAGCUGUCCUGAAUGUGGUAAAACCUUUGCUUACAAAUCACUUCUGCUGAUACACGAGAACACUCACUUGGCAGUGAAACCAUAUAGUUGCUCUGAAUGUGGAAAACGAUUCACACAAAAGGGCAAGCUAAAAAUACACAAGAUAACUCAUACAGGAGAGAAACCAUUUCUUUGUUCUGAGUGUGGGAAACGGUUUACUCAAAAGAGCAGUCUAAAGAUUCACAUGAGAUUACAUACAGGUGAAAAACCAUUUAGUUGCUGUGAUUGUGGCAAGAGAUUUAAUGAAAAGAGCAGUCUGAAAAUCCAUAAAAGAAUUCAUACAGGAGAAAAACCAUUUAGUUGCACUGAGUGCGAGAAAAUAUUUAGACGCAGGGAUGAACUGGUGAUACAUCUGAGAAUUCAUACUGGAGAGAAGUCCUUUAGUUGUUCUGUGUGUGGAAAAAAAUUUCGUCAAAAGAGCACUUUGAAAAUGCAUGAGGCAACGCAUACCGGAGAGAAACCCUUUAGUUGCUCUGAAUGUGGUAAAAGCUUUAUGUAUAAAAGCAGUCUUAAGAUUCAUGAAAAGCUUCAUUCAGGAGAGAAACCAUUUAGUUGCUCUGAAUGUGGUAUAAAAUUUACUAAAAAUAGUAGUCUGAAGAUGCAUAUGAAACUUCAUACUGGGGAGAAACCAUUUAGUUGUUCUGAGUGUGGAAAAAGUUUCAGACGAAAGGAUGAAAUAGUGAAGCAUGUCAGAGUUCAUACAGGAGAAAAACCUUUUAGUUGCUCUGUUUGCUGUAAGAAAUUUACACAAAAGGCCAGUCUUUGGAAACAUGAGAAAAUUCAUGCAUAAGAGAAACCAUAUCGUAUAAAUGCUACACGUACGUUACUUAAGAAAUAAUUAAAAUAGUUCUGCUGGCAAAAUCUUUUGCAUUUUAUUUAAUUUAUAUUUGCCAAAACUGUAUUCAUAAAUCAUGCACAUUGAUAAUGUGCGUGAUGUCCAAAUGAGCCUAGUGCUUCAAGCUCUUUUGUUUUCAUGUUCAAUUAUAAAUCUUGGUGUUGCUCUUGAAAAAAAAACAAGCAUUGCAGACCCUCGCUUCAAUGCUAUUUCUAUUUAUUUAAAUAAAUAAGUAAAUACUAUACAUUUACUUUGUAAGAGAACAUACAUACUUUGGUUGAGAUUUGUAUAAGGAAACUGAUGUGCUUCCUUUUUAACCUCAUUAAAGAUCAAUAAAGAAUCCACUUGUGUGGGUGUCAUCCAGACUGCUGAGACAUAAAAUGUUAAAUGUGUAAAUAAUUUAAAAAUACAUUAAUACAUAAAAAAGUUUUUGUUUUAUUAUUUUGUUUUUAUUCUACAUUUUGAAAAAAAUAAUGUUAAAAUUGUGGCCCGGAAAAUGCGGUUUAAGUCAUCCAAACGAUAGGUAGCGCUGUAGCAAAAUCCCGAGUCGCGAAAAGCUGUUUCCGGCGCUGCUGCUGCUCCCUUCACUGGCUGCGGUAGACUUUUUGCGUGGGUGAAAGUGUGAGCACCUUCGCUUAAAACGUUGUAUUUUAGAGUCGAACCAAGAAGGCUCAUAUGACGGCACCUCUAACCGGGCGGCUGACGUGGGAGGGACCCCGACUGGGCCUGUGUUUGAAGACCUCGUGAAGCGGUCCCAGUGGGAGACCUGUCACCAGAGGAUGCGGCUCUGUGCCAAGCUGAAACCUUGAGCCAGCAGCUCAAACUGUCCUACGCUUUCCAACCAAGUAAUACCAAAGUAGUGCAGUUGGGGGCGCCCUCGUUCAUCAGCGUCUGGCAACACUUU